AUGGAGGAAGCAACGACGUCUACGGUUCUAUUGGUAGCAAAGAUUGGAGCGAUGAUUGGUCUCGGCUUCGGCUCCCUGCUCCUGGGAAUAUUGCCGUUGAUUAUCGGACGUUACAGGAUGAAUCAUCGUCAAAAACGGCACCACGGAAUUUCCAACAAUUCCAGUACCUGUACAUCCACCUCGGUCUCGAACGCGUCCUCCUCCAGCGCUAUCUCGAGAUCUGCAGCGGAUUCACAAGGCUUGCACACGUCGUUGCUGCUCUGUUUUGGCGGAGGAGUACUCCUGUUCACCACCUUCCUGCACCUAGCCCCGGAGGUCCGCAUCAGCGUGGAAAGGCAUCAAACGAACGGUCAGUUACCGACGUUGGGCACGCUCAGCCUGUCUGAGCUGUUGUUCUGUGCCGGAUUCUUCCUCGUCUACUUCGUUGAGGAGGCGGUGCACGCAGCGCUGACGGGAAAACCCGAGUCAUCGGAGGCGCUCCUCUAUAGGACAGUGUCCGUGCGUAGAUGCAACAAUCAGACAGGUGCAUCAACGACUGUAUCGACCGGCUCAACAACCACGAUGUCCACUACGAUCAGGUCCACUUGGAAGGAGGGUAACGACGAUCUGGAGGACAGCGAGAAUGAUCUGAACAAACGAUCCAUACAGCAAGACCUGGAAGAUAUUCAUGAUGGCAAACCAGAUAAGAUGUUACCAGCAAUAUUCGUUCUAUCUUCGCCUACAGGACUGUCUUCCACUGAACACAGCCCUCAGAAUAAUAUGAGACACCCGUCUGAUGCAGAAUUGAAUCAUUAUCCUAAACUGAAGCAUCAUGAACACAAACAUACAGUUAUGACAAAGAAUACUUCAAUACAGGGACUCUUGACGGUCUUAGCUUUAUCCUUUCACGCUAUUUUCGAAGGUUUAGCAGUUGGUCUAGAACCAUCCAUUGGUUCUGUAGUUUAUCUAGCCGCUGCCAUAGCUACACACAAAUUGGUGAUCUCUUUCUGCGUUGGAAUGGAACUGUACGUCGCUGGAGCCACCACCAGGACUACCCUUGGCUACCUGACGAUAUUUUCAAUGGUCACACCGAUUGGAAUUGCCGUUGGAUUGGCUCUUGGUCAUUUUAAAAAUGAUAGUGAGAACCUUGGACCUACUCCAACGAUAUUACAAGGAAUGGCAGCUGGAACGUUGCUCUACGUGGUUUUCUUCGAGGUGCUGGCACGCGAGAGAGCUAACGAGAAAAGUGGGCUCUUACAGUUGACCGCCAUAAUUGUCGGGUUCAUGCUGAUGUUGGGCCUACAAAUCACCACUGCGCAUUCUCACUCUCAUUCUCACUCACAUUCAUCCGACGGUCAUGCACACGUGCUCGGCCACAAGGUGGAGCAUCAUCACGAGGAUGACCACGAUCACGAGUUGGACUCCCAUGAGCACACGCACAUGAAUAAAACGGGCGAACAAAUACUCACAGACACGAUUGAUAGGCUGACGAAAAACAUCGCAGAGGCAGUCAGCAACAUUUUAUCCUCGACGAUGAAGACGCCAACCGACACCACCCUCAGAAGUAGUAAUAACGAGACAGCAUCGCAUACAAAUCGAAGCUAA